AUGCCUGAAAUGUUCGUAAAAAAAUUAGAUAAACCUCAAAUAAUCGCCCUUUUUACCAUAAUUAUUGAUGGCACAAAGUUAGGUAUUGCUGUUGCUGACUUAUUUACAGGACAUUUGCAAUAUUUGGAUAGUGUGAUGAAACGAGUGUACAUUCAUUCAAUACUGUUGUGCAUACUCGGAUUGCUUGGAAUUAUCUGCUCAAUUUUAUUAUUCAUUAAAAGAUUUCAAGAACAAAGAACUAAUAUCAUCAUUUUUUGGCUUUGUCAAAAAGGAAUUGGAGUUUUUCAUCAAAUAUUUUUCGCACUUGAUAUCAUUCUUGCCGUAACUGAAAAAACAGAUUCGUCAACAACACGAAUUGUUGUGAUUUUAGCAUUAUUAACUCUUGUAAUUAUUGAAAUUGUUCUCAUAAUUUUUAUUGUGAAAUAUUAUCAAAGUGCUGAGUCAAUCGAAGACCAGUCAGUAGCAACAAGACCAAAUUACUUGGCACAACUGUCUAUUACUGAACUAUUUGGCAAUGCUGGAUCACAAACUUCUAUUAUAUGCACAGAUCCGAUAGCACUUGCUGCUUCUAUGGCAGCAUCAAAUACUAAUAAUUCUAAUUGUUAA